CACGGCCCCAGGCCAGUGACAGGUUAUAGGGGAAAUAAUUGCGGGCUCAGGCGGUCGCGCUAGGGACCGUUGGUCGAAAGUGGCGGAUGGAUCCACUUUUCUACAGCUGCACGGAACAGUCUACCAACCUAGAGCAUCCGGAGGACUCUUCAGCCUCGACAGGACUGCAAACUGACCGCGAGGCUGUUGCGCAAAGAAAGUGUGUCCAGUUGUGCUUUGCAGCGCAAGACAAUACCUAUCUGCAGAUGCUUUGGAACUCGUUCAAGUCCAUCCGGCGACGGUGACUGAUCACCAUGGCGCCUUCGAGGAGUCCUCCGCCGAGUAGUCGGCUGCUUGGCCCCGUCUCGAGGUUCUGGCACAAAUCCUAUGCG